AUGUUGCCCCCCGAACUUGUCGACACCAUCGUGGAAAAGAUUGGGGGCAUGUCCGACCUCAAAUCAUGCUCUUUGGCUGCCUCAGUCUUCCGUUACGCUUGCCAAAAGCGUCUCCUGGCCACACUUUCACUCGGGGGCCCGGACAUGUACGCACGCGCAAAAGGUUAUGACGAGGCAGCGGCGCGUUUCGAGGCAACACCUUCUCUAGCGCUGCUCGUCGUAAACCUUAAUAUCUGGCUUUCGACCAAACCCAUCGCAGCCCCCGUGGUCAACGCGCUUUUCUCCGCCUUGGUGCGAGUUAGCUCGUGUACUAUUUCUGGUCAGGGCAAUACAUAUGGUCGCCCCUUUAAAUGGAAAGCUAUCACCAAUGGUCUUUCUCUGGCAGUAAGCCACUGGCUCUCUGCUGUUCCAGACGGCACCAUGCGCUACUUCCACGUCUCUAACCUUGCCAACGUUCCCCAACGCUUCCUUCAUGACAUUUUCAGGGUGUUAGGGCCACGUUGCUUCCUGUCCUUCACGAUGAUGUCGGUAGACCAGGCGAGAUCUGUGGUCUCGCCUCCGCAUACUCCGCCGCCAUUCCACUUCCUUUUCUCUGGCCACACCAACGUUCAUCAACUAUUGACCACACCCGACUCGGGCUUCGUCCAGUACUCGCAAUCCAUUCGCAAGCUCACUGCAUUAGUCAACUUUGACACAGAACUCGACGCGGCUCUGCUCAUUUGUGCUGCUGCGACACACAGCCUUGAGCACCUCCAGCUCACCCUCUCCGCGCAAAGACUCCGCCAGCGCGACACGAUAAAUGAAGAUGCUAUCCCACGCCUUUUCUCUCUUCGACUCCUGGAGGUUGUCUGCACUGGAUUCGACAACCAGCUCGAACACGACCACAGCUUUUCCUGGUUCCUCUCCCAGGUCCUCGCUCCGAUGCUGCGCCCCGGGGCCACGCCAUGCCUCGCGCAAAUCCAAUUGACACUAGCCGUAGACACGCUGGAGCAAGCGGUCAACGUGUACGUUCCAUCAAUCCGAGGCCUGCGAAAAGCCCAUCUAUUGCUUCAUCACCUGGAUAAGCUCCUGGCGGGACAUAAUAUUCUUCUCCGCUUCAUGUUCCGGACCGGUCACCUUCAGGCCGGGGCGGCAGAGCAUCUGGAGGCGAUUUUCAAUGCGUUGAAGGAGAAGCUACCGAGUCAGGCGCGGAAGAAUUUGCUCAAGGUUGUGGCAGAGCCCUCGUAG